AUGGACAGCCAUGAGGCAUCGCCUAGUAGGUCGGCCAGCAGCACAGCAGCGUUCCCUCGUCGUGAUGGAGGCCUUUUGCAGGAGUCAGCGGCCUUUCCAGAGACAAAGGAUGAGGACGAACCUCAACCUGGUGUUGUCUUGAAGCUUGCAGAGGUCACAGGGUGUGAUUUAGACACUUGUUGCGCGGCUCUUGUAGCAUGCGACAACAAUUUUCACGCGGCUCUUGACCAGCUGCGCAGCGUUGGGACCGAGGAGGUGGGUGCCAAGGCCCGUGCUCAGAUGAGAGCCGCAUUGCAAAUGCUCGAGCGGGCGCGUGCCGGCCGUUCUGUUGCACGCGGAGCGCUUGGGAGUGCCUGGGUUGUUGCGGCGGUCCUUCUCCACGCCUUCGAGUACAUGCCAAAGCGCUUCCUGGAGAUUCUGCUUGCACUUGUUGGCGUCCGUGUCGACGGACCCUUUGGACUGCUGGCGUUGACUGGAAGCAUCUUGAUUGCUUUGCUGGCAGUUGUGGUGCUUCUCCGUGACCUGGACGGAUUCUUGAAUUCGGAGAGCCUGGAAGGAAAGGUGGGCUAG